GAUGAUCGCAGUGUUCACUGUCAAAAGGUUAAAGAACAAUUAUUUUUAAUUAAGAUAUGGUUUAAUCGCUAAUAAUAAUUAUAAUUCGCGAAAAUGAAUAACUUGAAAUUGCAGGAAGUGUACAGUGAUCUUACUCUAUUUACAACACCAGACAAAUUCUAUUUAGAACCAAAAAAUGGUAACGAACUAGUUGUAAUUGAAAGAAUGACAGAGGAUAUUAGUUUUUAUCAAAAUCAUCGAAUUAUCAUACCAGCAGCAAGCAGCAGAAAAGAUUUUUGUGGAUUUUUAGGCACCAUACAAUUAUUGUCAGGCUCUUAUCUAGUCAUAGCUACACAGCGGGAGUUGGUAGGAUAUUUGUCAGGGUGUGCAGUAUGGAGAUUAGCAAAAGCAGAACUAAUCCCUUUUCGUAGCUCUUUAAAUCUAAGUUCAGAAAAACAAGCCGACAAUGAAGUGUAUCUCAGUAUGAUAGAACAGGUCCUAGCUACUCCUUUCCACUAUUUCUGUUAUGAUUAUGAUCUAACACAUUCUCUACAACGUCUUCAUGAUAUUUCACCGGAUUUUUGGGAACAAUCUCUUUGUGAAAGAGCUGAUCAACGAUUUGUUUGGAAUGGAUAUUUAUUGAGUCCUUUUUUAAAAACAUGCAAGAAAUUUUGUCUUCCUUUGAUCCACGGAUUUAUUUCUAUUAAUUUUUGUGUUGUUAACGGACAUAGCCUCAAUUGGAUAAUAAUUUCAAGGAGAAGCGUAAUGAGGGCUGGUACAAGACUAUUUCGAAGGGGAAUAGAUAGGGAAGGUAAUGUUGCAAAUUUUGUUGAAACAGAACAGAUUGUAGAGUAUCAAGGUGACCAUGCAAGUUUCGUUCAAAUAAGAGGCUCCAUACCACUUUUCUGGCAUCAAAAUCCAGAUUUACGACUUAAACCUCCUCCUACAAUGAUAGAUAUGGAUCCUCAAGAACAAUACAAUACUUGUAUAAAACAUAUUGAUGAGUUAGUAACUCUAUAUGGGAAAACAGUUAUGGUGAAUCUCAUAGAUCACAAAGGAGCUGAAGGUAACAUGGAAAAAUCGUUUAAGAAUGCAGUAACUGCAAUUGCUUAUCCUACUAUACGUUAUGAACCGUUUGACUUCCAUUCAGAAUGCAGUAAAAUGAGAUGGGAUAGAUUAAAAAUACUCAUCGAUCGUUUAGCAUUAGAUCAAGAUGAAAUGGGAUUUUUCCUUUUACUCAGAGAUGGUACUAUAAGUUCUUUACAAGAUGGAGUAUUCAGAACUAACUGUAUAGAUUGUCUCGACAGAACGAACGUAGUACAAAGUAUGUUAGCACACAGGAAUUUGGAAAUUGUUUUGAGGAAACUCAAUAUUCUACAUCAGAAUCAAAAUUUAGAGUUUCAGUAUUCGUUUGAGGUGUUGUUUAAGAACAUAUGGGCGGAUAACGCUGAUAUUAUCAGUACACAAUAUUCUGGAACGGGAGCUUUAAAAACCGACUUUACUAGAACGGGAAAAAGAACUAAAAGCGGUGUUUUAAGGGAUGGAAUCAAUUCGCUAACUAGGUAUUACAAGAAUAAUCUAACUGAUGGUUUUCGACAAGAUUCCAUUGAUUUAUUUUUGGGUCACGGUAAACCUAUAACUCCAUUAAGGGUAGAUAAAUCUUGGAGAUAUAUCACUUAUCCUUCUGUUCUUCUUGUUGCCGUUGCAAUGUUUGUCGCUUCCGCUGUAUUUCCUUCCGAAUAUUCCACGGAAUCGUUGUUGUUUUUAUUGUUUUGGGGUUCGAUGGUGUACGCUACAUUACAUACUAUAUUCAAAUACGGUAAAGAGUUUGUCGAUAGACCGAGGCUUACGCAAUCAUAGCAUUUCGUCUAGUCAUUUUAGUAGUUACUUAGAUAUUGGUAUUUUUGAUGCACGGAUCAUAUUAGAGGGUGGUUUACGUUUAAUACAUAAUUGAGGAUGGUCAAAAUGUUUUUUUAUAAUAUAUAUUUCAAUUUCUUUACUACAUUCCUUCUUUUUAUAUAACUUGAAAUAUAGUUUUCAAAUUAUACUUUCCAGUGAAAUUAAAAAACAAUUUAACUUAAAAAAAUGUUGUAAUGAAUUUGGGAAAAAGAUUAUAUGGAAUUUUAAUCACUAUUUAAACAUAUUUAACUGUCAUUCUUUUAUCUAUCAGUUCUUAUUUGUCAUAUCUUUUCAUGUUUUUAUUUAUUCCAAUCUGUUUUUCGAUGUUGUGUUCUUCGGCAUUCAUUUAUCUUUCUCUAUGUUAAAUUAUCCUUCUUUUCUGUGUCACCAAUUACUCAAUUCCAUCUAGAUUUCUCUAAUCUCAUUUCUAUUCUAUUCAUUCCUAUUUCUCUUAUUUUGUUUAUCCACUUUCUUCUUGGUUUAUUUCUUCUAUUAAUAUCGUUUCCUGCUUUCUUUUACAUGUAUUUAUACAAAUUUAACUGUUAACCUUCUAUUUUUUCUUAUUAUUAAUUCUUGCUUUGUUAUUUGUCUUAUCUUUGAACAAUCUUUUCAUUUGUUAGAAAAAAAUUUCCUGAUUUUUGCUUUUUUUUGUUAUAUAAGGUUUUCGAAACCGUUAGCUGUUUUAAUUUUCUUCUUCAUGUAUCUCAGCUUCCUGAACACACUUUACCCUUAAAACCAUCACUCACAAUUCCACUGUAUGAUAACGCGUUUCGAUCACCAAAUUAUCAUCUUCAGAGACAAGUUUUGUUUGUGAAAACAUUAAUUUAGUGUAAUUGUUAGUGUUGGUAUGUAGUGGUAGUGUAAAAUGUAUCUCCAACGGUUCCGGAAGUUAUAAUUUAGUACAGCUUUGGCUAAAUAAGUAUCACAAGUACUACACGUGUCCAUUCUCGUAUAACUAAAAAGAAAUUUUAAACUGUUUGUUAAAAUAUACCUUUAAGACUAGUUUUUUGUUGUUAUUUUCUUGUAUAAACACCUGGUAUAUUUUUUAAUAGUCAUAUCUUGUGGUAAAUUAAUUUUUCUAUGUUAUUUUAAACGAUAAGGACCCUUUGUAUGAAUUAAUUUGAUGAAAAAAUUGUUCCUAUCAUCUCUAUUUCAAUUUUUGUAUGAUUUUUAGGUUUCCCUGUUGUUUUUAAACUUUUUUUUUGUCAAUUCCAUACAUACAUAUUUUUCAUAACGUUGUUAACAUUAUUCUCAUUUCCUACCCCCAAUUUAAGGGUAAAGGAAAGUUUUUUAUCAAAAGUUUUAUCGGAAUAAAAAUUUCUGCGUUAAUUUCACUGGUUUAUAUAAUUUCCUCUAUUUAAAAAUUGUCGAAUAAUAACUGCCUUAGUAUUGUAACGCACUGUAUUGUUAUUAGAUGAAAUUAAAAAUGUACCAGAAGGAAAAACGUAUUAAUAAAUAGUAUUUGUUUAUGGUUAGGGAAAGUUACAUUUUGAAAUAUCGCAGAAGUUUCAAAAAUUGUAAUUUAAUUCUUUCUGCAACAUCGAGACGGUAUUUUCGAAUCGUGUAUAAUUGUUUUUUUAUAUAAGAAAAUCAUUUGCUCUUUGUACGUUUAUAAAUGGUGAUUAUGUACUUUAUAUUUUAUUAAUUUAAUCGUUAAAUUUGUGUAACUCAACCAAAUUAUUUUAAUAGUAGCUUUUCUUAUAGUGAACCUGCAAAUAUAAUAAAAAUUAUUAUUAAUAUAUUGUUUUAUUUAUAAAUGAUUGGGGGAAAGUCAAAAAUUCAGAUAAAU